UCCAUCUCUCCUCCAAUUUACACCAAAUUUCGCCAAACACGUCACUCACCACUCACUAUAUAUAGUAUACCCACACACACACUACAAAAUAAAAGCAUAGUUUACCAUAACAUAUAUACAAUGAGAAACACCUGGCUUAGAGGCUCCUGUAUAGGCAGAGGAGCCUACGGAUCAGUCAACGCCGCCGUCAACACCGCCACCGGCAACAUCUUCGCCGUCAAGUCCGUCAAUUUGGCGACGGCCUCGCCAUCGCAAGUCGAGGCGCUGGAGAGCGAAAUCGCCAUCCUGAGAUCGCUCUCCUCGCCUUUUAUUGUAAAGUACCUCGGCAACGAUACGACGUCGGAAGGAUCGUCGCAAUUCACGAACCUCCACAUGGAGUAUCUCCCCGCCGGCACCGCCGCCGAUUUAUCCGAUCGGAGCGAGGCGGCCGUCGCAUCCUACGCUUGGUGCCUGGUCGCCGCGCUGAGCUACAUCCACUCCAGAGGCAUCGUGCAUUGCGACGUCAAGGGCAAAAACGUCCUUUUAGGCCAUUCCCCGGGGACUGCCGCGCUCGCGGAUUUCGGAUCGGCGGUGGAUGUUGAUGUUGAUGUCUCGGCGGCGGCGGGGAGGGGGAGUCCGCUGUGGAUGGCGCCGGAGGCGAUACGGGGGGAGAGGCAGGCGAGGGAGGCGGACGUGUGGUCGGUGGGGUGCACGGUGAUCGAGAUGCUGACGGGGAAGCCGGCGUGGGGGGGAUCGGUGUGGAGGAUCGGGUAUUCGGAUGAGGUGCCUCUGUUUCCGGCGAGGAUUUCCGGCGCGGGAGCGGAUUUUCUGGAGAAGUGUUUGAGGAGGGAUUAUAGGCGGAGGUGGAGCUGCGAUCAGCUGCUGCAGCACCCGUUUCUUAUGAUGGGCGCGCGGAAGGAGGUCGCUUGUCAUUGGUCGCCGCGGUGCGUGUUGGACUGUUUGAGUUCUGAUUUUCAUGAGGAAGAGGAAGAGGAAUAUGAUGGUGAGAUUGUGGAUUUGGAGGGGAGUGAGAGGAUAAGUGGAUUGGUUUCGGCGGCGGUGGGAAAUUGGGAUUCCGACGGGUGGGUGGUGGUCAGAGGCGGAGCCGGAGGAACUUGUUCCGAAAAUUCAGGCUUGGUCGUGGAUACAACGACGUCGUUGUCUAGAAAUCUUGAUUUUGAUUUUCAAACUUGCGUAAAUUCAAAUUCAAAUUCAAAUUUUGAAUUUGAUUGUAAUGUAUGUACAAAAAUCUCAGAAAGAUUAUAUAAUUGCAGAAGCAAUUAUGGGUUUGUAUAUGUUUAUUUCCACAUAAUUAGGAUUUCAAUUGAAUUUGUACUACUAAAUUUAUAUCCACGGAGUGGAUUGAAUACUUACAAAGACAUUUCAAAUCUCAUGGGCUAA